AUGACGAAAGAGUUUGGAUGCCUCACUUACGCAGCAGUCUGCCCUCGCCCCGAUAUUUCUUUUGCAGUAGGCCAGGCCACCCGUUUCUGCAAGAAUCCUGGCAAAGCUCAUUGGGCCGCCGUUAAACGCAUUCUGUCAUAUCUAGCAGGGACUACAACACACGGAAUUCUUUUUUUAGUUGUAGGACGCACCAAUCUAGUCGGAUACACCGACUCUGAUUAUGCUGGUGACGUGAACAUCCGUCGAUCAACAUCCGGAUACAUUUUUCUACAUCUUGGCGGCACCAUAUCUUGGGGAAGUAAAAGACAAUCCUACACUGCCAUCUCCACAACAAAGGCUGAAUACGUGGCAGCCAGUAACGCCAUCCAGGAAGCGAUUUGGAUUCAACGCCUUCUUAGCCAGAUCGGACAACUACCACCUGGCCCUAUACGCAUUUUAUGCGAUAAUCAGAGCGUCAUAAGUUUAGUUCAUAAUCCGGCUCAUCAUCAGCGAACAUAG